AGAUGUCUGGUGGAAUUAUGCCAAUUCUAUUACUUUUUAUGGACAAUGUUAGAAUCUUGAGACUGUAGUCUUAAAGUAAUUUUGAAUUUGUUGUUGUACUUUUGUUUCUUUCAGGCAAAAUUGGAAUCUAUGGGAACUCAAGGAGGAAGCAAAGUGGAAACAUGACAAGUUUGAAGAGAUGAAACUGCAGGAAACACAUAAUACGGAACUUAAUGCCUCUAAAGUUUGGUCUAUAUGCCAAAUACAGUUUUUAUAUUUCCUGAUGCUCUCUAAAAUGGUGGUGGAAAGACUUAUCAUAUUGCUGCAGAUUUGAUUGAUUCAAUUGAAAAUUAUACUGUAGGAAUGAAAGCACCUGCCUAAGACUUUUUGAAUUGUAUCACUAGGCACAAAGGGCUUCUACAGAUUGUUGUCAAGGUCCCAAGGAAAGGGAGAGGAUAAGAGUCUCCAUGCUGCAUGACAACUCUGCAAAUCAAGGCAAUUCAUCAAGAAAAGUAAGAGGGAGAGGACCAGUCAGAUAUAGACCUCUCUUGAAAAGCAGCAGUACUGUGGAGCCACAAACAAAAAGCCAGAAAUUAAUAAAGCCCCCGAGGUCCACCUCUAAAACUUGUUCAGCUAGGGUCUCAGCAAAGAACAAGCAGCCUGGAGAAAUCCUGGGAAUGAAUUCAAAUAAUGAUUCAACAAGUGCAUUUUCAUACCCCUUGAAUGCAGCUAGAUAUUCAUAUGAAUUUGGAUUACUGGAAUCUCUCUCCAGAGCUGUUCAAUCAAAAGAUGCAUUGGUAGGGAAUGGAAGCAGAACUCUUCUGAGCAGCAAGGGAGGUUCUCUUCAAUACUCUAGAACACAGGAUGGCCAGAACUUGAACGUUUCUCAAGAAUUUAUGCCUGUUACGCAAGUUGGGGACCUGCAUUUUGAUGGUCUUGGUGAUCCUGUUCAAUCACAAGUUGGUUUCGGUAAUUCCAAAAUGUUAUGGCUUCCAGCUCUAUGGGGUAACGCUGGAGCUCCAGAGGCCAUACAAUUAUCUGCUUUUGUUACCCCUGGUGCUGCUCCUUAUCCUGAUUCACUAGGACUGUCUCCCACUCAUGUUGCAAGGUUGGUAGCAUGGAAGAUGCUAUUGUUUAUGUUCUCUUUAGAGGUUUUUGGGUUAUCUCUUUUGCACUAUCUCAUGAUAUCUGAAACAUUUUAACUGGGAGAAUGAUUCCUUUCCUCUCUUUCUAAAACUAUUUGAUUCUGAUACAACUCUUCUGCUCUCAUGGAUUUCCAAAAAUCAUUUGACUGUAACUUGGAGAACAUGGCAUGGAGGAUACUAUUACUAAAUAUAGGAUGGUUUUUGGGUUAAAAAUGGGAACUUUCUCCCUUCCCUUUACACUCAUCCCACCCACAUUUCCUACUACUCAAACUCAAGACGUCUUACUUCCACAACAACGAGAUUACAAUGGGCCCUCUUAGGUUGUUGUCAAAUAUAGGAUGUUUUAUUUA